AUGCCGCUCUGUCUCACCUUCAUCGACUUAAAGAAGGCUUUCGACUCGGUUGAGACGGAAGCGGUCGUGGAAGCGUUGGACAACCAAGGCGUCCCUACUCAAUAUAUAAAGGUACUUCGAGAGUUGUACAGUAACUUCACGACCGGAAUUUCGCCAUUCUACAAGAACAUCGUCAUUGACGUGAAGAGGGGGGUCCGACAGGGUGAUACAAUUUCACCCAAAAUAUUCACAGCCACCCUCGAGAACGCAAUGCGAAAGUUGGAAUGGGACGACAUGGGAGUGAAGAUUGAUGGUGGGCAGCUACACCAUUUGCGCUUUGCUGAUGACGUCGUACUGAUAACACCUAGCAUCAGCCAAGCGGAACGAAUGCUGACCGAAUUCGACGAAACAUGUGGAUGCAUCGGUCUUCAGCUGAAUCUACAAAAGACGAUGUUCAUGCGGAACGGAUGGGUCUCGGAUGCCCCAUUCACGCUCAACGGAACGAACAUAUCCGAAUGCACCAGCUACGUUUAUCUGGGUCGGGAACUGAACAUGAUGAACGACCUGACCCCCGAGCUGGGCAGGAGGAGACGAGCGGCUUGGGGAGCGUACAAGAGCAUCGAGGAUGUAGUGAAGAAGACCAGGAACACCCGGCUCAUCUCUAGCUGUUAG